AUGCUCCUAUUCUGUCCAUCAUGCAGCAACAUGCUCAUAAUCUCCCGGAUCCCAUCAUCACAUACCGCCCCGGACGAAGACACCAAUGCGAACAAGACCCGCUUCGAAUGCCGGACUUGCCCUUACCAAAUGGUGCUGGAUCGGCGAUACUACGAACGGAAGGAAAUGAGUCUCAAGACGCCCGAGGAUGUACUGGGAGGAGCGGAUAGUUGGAAGAACGUCGAUCGGGCUCAGAGUAAGCAGUAUCUCCUUCUCGAAGCCCACUUGCUACUUCUCUUGUCGAUCUCACCUACCCUCCUGCCCUCCCUUCGGUCUGCAACAGGCAAUAUCAUAUCAUAUCGGGAUGCCAUGAACCACUCGGCCGGCUUCCCAGCCGAGUCACGCCACACCACGCCACCUUUCCCUACACCCGCAGUUACUCCUUCCAAGCCAUUCCAUACUUACCGUACUUACAAUCCCAAAGCCCGCUGCAAACGCGACAUCUGCCCCAGUCAAAGCGCCUACUUCCGUCAAGUGCAAAUUCGCAGUGCCGACGAGCCGAUGACGACGUUCUACCGCUGUACCGAAUGCAACACCGAGUGGCGGGAGAACUGA